AUGUAUAAUUCUGAUAUAAAAUUAGAUGAUAUAAAAUUAAAUAAUAAUCAACUUCAAAAUUUCAAUGGAAAUGAUAUUUCAAAAUUUUAUUCCACAAAUAUAAAUUCUAAUAUAAAUAAUUCAAUGAAUUCAAUAAAUUCUAAUUUAAAUUCAAUAAAUUCAAUAAAUUCAAUAAAUUCUAAUUUAAAUUCAAUAAAUUCAAUAAAUCAAAAUUUAAAUUAUAAUGAUCAAUUUAUAGAAAUUGGAAUAAAAUUGGAAUCAAAAAAUUUAUAUAAAAAUCAAAAUAUGUAUAUAACAAAUUCUUUUAAUAAAGAUAUUAAUUCUUUUAAUAAAGAUAUAAAUUCUUUUAAAGAUAUAAAUUCUUUUAAAGAUAUUAAUUCUUUUAAUAAUUUAUCAAAUAAUUGUAAUAUUGUAAACACAUGUAAUGAUAUAUCAAAUUCUUGUAAUAAUAUAACAAAUAAUUGUAAUAAUAUAACAAAUGAAUUUAAUAAUUUAACAAAUAAUUGUAAUAUUGUAAAUUCAUGUAAUGAUAUAUCAAAUAAUUGUAAUAUUGUUAACUCGUGUAAUGAAGAUAUUAUUAUAAAUUCAUGUAAUGAUGAUAUAAUAAUAAAUACUUGUAAUGACGAUAUUAUUAUAAAUACUUGUAAUGAUAUAUUUGGUAAAUAUGAUUAUGAUUUUAUAACACCAAUGACUAAAUGUUUUGAAAAUGAUACAUCAUUACCAAUUGCUAAUAUUGGUAGACUUAUGAAAAGUGUAUUACCAAAUACUGCUAAAAUCGCUAAACAAGCUAAAGAUAUGAUUAGAGAUUGUGUUACUGAAUUCAUUUUCUUCAUAUCAAGUGAAGCAUCAGAUUUAUGUAAUAUAGAACGUAGAAAAACAUUAAAUGCUGAUGAUAUAAUGUUAGCAAUGAAUAAAUUAGGAUUUGAACAUUAUAAUAAACCAUUAAGAAAUUAUCAUAAUAAAUGGAAAGAAAUUAAAGAUUUAAAUAUACCACAAAAUCAUACAAAAUCA